UUGAAGUUGGAAAACCGAGGCUUCCCCUUCAGCGUGACGCUCCUAAUCCUCGGGAACCGGCGGGCGACGAUCUCCGGCGAGACGGAGUGCCAGUUCCCUAUGAAUACGUGGCGGCGGGACCAGCUAUCGGCGGCGUACCAGUCAGGUAAUCAACAAUGCUUGCACAACCCAGGCAAUCCUGUCCAUCCUAAUGAACUCUGCUAA